ACCGCGUGAGAAGGAACACUUCAAGGACAAAUGAAAAUAAACCCAUCGCACACGGAAGCAGUUAAGUUCAGCAGCUGCUUGGGGACCAAGGGGACGCAGUAUGAGACCAACAGCUUGGACUUCAAAGUCAGGGCGGAUGGAACCGUCUUUGCCACUCGGGAGCUGCAGAUCCCCUCUGAGCAAGUGGCCUUCACAGUGACAGCGAGGGACCACCAGACGGCCAAGCAGUGGGACGCCAUGGUGCGGCUGCUGGUGGCCCAGACCUGGACCUCGCACUCAGGACACAAGAAAGGAAAAAAGAACGUGGCCCUGGACCCCGCUCAGCCCCCCAACGACACGCUGCUACCUUGGCCACAGCGUCAGAGCUCCGGCGGCCUGCGGCGACAGAAACGGGACUGGGUCAUCCCGCCCAUCAAUGUGCCAGAGAACUCCCGCGGGCCCUUCCCGCAGCAGCUCGUGAGGAUCCGGUCUGACAAAGACAACGACAUCCCCAUCCGGUACAGCAUCACAGGCGUGGGCGCUGACCAGCCGCCCAUGGAGGUCUUCAGCAUCGACUCCAUGUCUGGCCGCAUGUACGUCACACGGCCCAUGGACCGGGAGGAGCGGGCCUCUUACCACCUCCGAGCCCACGCCGUGGACAUGAACGGUAACAAAGUGGAGAACCCCAUCGACCUGUACAUCUACGUCAUCGACAUGAACGACAAUCGCCCGGAGUUCAUCAACCAGGUCUACAACGGCUCCGUGGACGAGGGCUCCAAGCCAGGAACCUACGUGAUGACGGUCACAGCCAACGAUGCCGACGACAGCACCACGGCCAAUGGGAUGGUGCGGUACCGGAUCGUGACCCAGACGCCACAGAGCCCAUCCCAGAACAUGUUCACCAUCAACAGUGAGACGGGGGACCUUGUGACGGUGGCAGCUGGCCUGGACCGCGAGAAAGUCCAGCAGUACACAGUCAUCGUCCAGGCCACAGACAUGGAGGGGAACCUCAACUACGGCCUCUCGAACACAGCCACAGCCAUCAUCGCCGUGACUGACGUGAACGACAACCCGCCAGAGUUCACCGCGAGCACGUUCACAGGAGAGGUCCCCGAGAACCGCGUGGAGACGGUGGUAGCGAACCUGACCGUGAUGGACCGCGACCAGCCCCACUCACCCAACUGGAACGCCGUCUACCGCAUCAUCAGCGGGGACCCCGCGGGCCACUUCAGCGUCCGCACCGACCCCGUCACCAACGAGGGCAUGGUCACCGUGGUGAAGGCAGUGGACUACGAGCUGAAUAGGGCCUUCAUGCUGACCGUGAUGGUGUCCAACCAGGCGCCCCUGGCCAGCGGGAUCCAGAUGUCCUUCCAGUCCACAGCGGGCGUGACCAUCUCCGUCACCGACAUCAACGAGGCCCCCUAUUUCCCCUCCAACCGCAAGCUGAUCCGCCUGGAGGAGGGCGUGCCGGCCGGCACAGCGCUCACCACCUUCUCUGCAGUGGACCCUGACCGCUUCGUGCAGCAGGCUGUGAGGUAUUCAAAGCUGUCAGACCCUGCGAACUGGCUGCACAUCAACACUUCCAAUGGUCAGAUCACCACGGCAGCUGUGCUGGACCGCGAGUCCCUGUACAUCACAAACAACGUCUACGAGGCAACCUUCCUGGCAGCUGACAACGGGAUCCCCCCGGCCAGUGGCACCGGGACCCUGCAGAUCUAUCUCAUCGACAUCAACGACAAUGCCCCAGAGCUGCUGCCCAAGGAGGCACAGGUCUGCGAGAAGCCAGGCCUGAACGCCAUCAACAUCACCGCGGCCGACGCCGAUGUGGACCCCAACAUCGGCCCCUACGUCUUCGAGCUGCCCUUCAUCCCGGCCACCGUGCGAAAGAACUGGACCAUCACACGCCUGAAUGGUGACUAUGCCCAGCUGAGCUUGCGCAUCCUGUACCUGGAGGCCGGGAUGUACGAGGUCCCCAUCAUCGUCACAGACUCUGGAAACCCUCCCCUGUCCCACACGUCUGUCAUCAAGGUCAAGGUGUGCCCGUGUGACGAGAACGGCGACUGCACCACCAUUGGCGCGGUGGCCGCGGCCGGCCUGGGCACAGGCGCCAUCGUGGCCAUCCUUAUCUGCAUCGUUAUCCUGCUGACCAUGGUCCUGCUGUUCGUCGUGUGGAUGAAGCGGCGGGAGAAGGAGCGGCACAACAAGCAGCUGCUCAUCGACCCCGAGGAUGACGUGCGGGACAACAUCCUCAAGUACGACGAGGAAGGCGGCGGCGAGGAGGACCAGGACUACGACCUCAGCCAGCUGCAGCAGCCAGAAGCCAUGGAGCACGUGCUGAGCAAGGCCCCCGGGGUGCGGCGGGUAGAUGAGCGGCCCGUGGGCGCGGAGCCCCAAUACCCCGUCAGGCCCGUGGUGCCCCACCCCGGUGACAUCGGUGACUUCAUCAACGAGGGGCUGCGAGCCGCUGACAACGACCCCACAGCGCCCCCCUAUGACUCCCUGCUGGUCUUUGACUAUGAGGGGAGCGGCUCCACCGCCGGCUCAGUCAGCUCGCUGAACUCGUCCAGCUCCGGUGACCAAGACUACGACUACCUGAACGACUGGGGACCCCGGUUCAGGAAGCUGGCGGACAUGUACGGGGGCGGCGAGGACGACUAGCUGGCCCCGUCUUUGGACUCAAACGAGAACAGCGCUCGGACAGGAGGAUCAGGACUCUGCAGGGGCAGCCGGUCCUCCUGACCCUGCCUGUGGACCCGCAGAUGGACACACAGACGGACAGACAGACUGACAGACGGGGACGGGCGGUUCUGGUGUCGGGAGGCCCCUCCCCGCCAUCCCCAUGUGGAGCUGUCUAGCACGAACACCUGCCUGCUGCCACUGCAGUGGCCGCCUACCCCGAAGGGAGAGCCAGAGGCACUGCCCAACUUGAAUUUCCUAGGACAAACGCACUGUUAAAAAACAAAAGUGCCUUUUGGUACACGUGUCAGAGCCCCCAAACUCAGGAGUGACUGAAGCAGCAGACAGCCCAAGCCCCUCCGCCCCCGACCGCUGGCCCGAGCCCCAUGGGUCCUCUUCAGACGCAUCGAGCGAGGGCUGGGGAAGGAGUCCUUCUGAGCUGUGGUUUGGUUUUAUACUAAGAGAAAAAAAUGAACCACUCAUUUAAAGUAAGAGUUUGAGGUUCAAAUCCCAACAGCCUUUGCAGAGUGUCCAGGGCCCCUUCAGGCUCAAGGCCAGCAGGCCAGGACCAGCGACCAAAGCCAAGGCUGUGUGGAUCUGCACCCCCACUCCCAGAUGCUGUAAAUAGCUCAGACUGGGGCUCCCCUCUGCCCUUGGCCACCCGGUUUCCCCCGUCCACCAGACCAGCUGUCACCCCGGUGCCACAGAGCUUCCCCUGGCCUUUGGUCCAGGAGUGUAUUGUUCAAGAAGCCAGUGUCACACAAAGCCCUGGCACAAGGCCUCCACCCCAGGGACAGGACGCCACCGAAGGCAGUGAGCACCGGCAGCCCCCAGCUCACCCAGGCCCCUCCCUCCCAGUGACACAGCAGGCUCGGUAGCAGCGUGGCCCUGAGCAGACUCGGGCAGCCCCCUCUCUUCUCCCGGCCUGGCUGACCUGAGCUCCUGACACUUGGAACUGCCGUGGACAACGAAGACCCGCUCCGAGGGGCCAUUGAGAGAUCUCUUACUGUGGCUACCUGGUCACGGACGCCUCUGGCCUGCAUACGCCAGAAACUGCUCACCUCUCUCCUUUGGACCCACACCAACACUGCUUUGCUGUUGUCCCUGCAGAGCUGCCACAACUCUUACUGAGGCUCAGGCCCGACGAGAUGGAGUCAUCCGUUCUGCAGCACACAGACCCUGGACGGAAAACAGGCCCGGAGCAUCUGUGCCCAGGGCUGCUCUGCACUUGGACAACUUUGUCUCACCCUGGGCAGUGAGGUCGUGGCCCCUGGCACCUCAUGGGGGCCAGGGUGCCCUCCCUCCCAGAGGCCCCAACCCACAGCUGCUGCAGGGGUGGGAAGGCCACAGUUCCAGGGGCAGCAUGUCCCUACUGGGGGCCUCGGACCCACUGAGGAGCCUGUUGCUAAGGAUGGUCCCCUUUUCUACACAGCUUUGGCCUAGACACCCCAGAGUGGACUCGUGGGUUUGUCCCAUUGGACGUCAGGGUUCCCCUAACCAAACACAUCCCCGCCUCUGUCCUCCCCGGCACGGGUGGGAUACAAGCUGGGCUCUGUCCACACUGACCCCUGCCACAGGCGCGGGGCUCCCUGCAGCCAGCCAGGCCAGACAGCUCCUAGGCCAAGAGGGUCCCCAGUCCUAAGCUGUGCUAUGCAAAUCGUGCAGGUCUGGCAGCCAGUAAGAUGGUCCUGAGUGUCUGGGGGCAUGGUCAUUGGAGGGCCUGCUGUGCCAGGGCUGGGGGGAUGGGAGCUGGGAUUUUCUGUUUUUGUGUUUUGGACAGUUCACCCUUCCCGAAGUUCUGAGCCCAAGGAGUGUGCAUGGAUUGUUUGAAGUGUGUAUGGUUAGGAGCCAAGGCAGCCAUGAGCUGCUCUCUGAAAUCCCAGGGCCUCCUUGGGCUCCCGGGAAAGCCACGUGCUGCGUGCUCCGGCCUCCUGGCUCCUCACUGCCAGACCCCUUCCACCUCCCCUAAAUCUCCAAGGCCAAGGUUGCAGCACCCAUGGGAGGUCACCCAGGGGGGCUUCUUCCCUAACAGCAGACGGUUUCGCCCUUUCACCCCACACUACAGUUGGCCCCGGGCCAGAGAAAGAUGGGGUCCCCAUACCCACCCAGAUCCAUCUCGGAACUCCUCUCCGAGGCCAACAAGUUAGCAUUAGCCAAGCGUACGACCAGUGUCAAAGUUUCUUCCGUAGCUCAUAGAUACGACAUGUCUGUAGUCAGGGCCCGUCAGCUGGUGGAGUGCAAGGCAGGGCUUGGCUCCUCUGGAGGCUUUUCCUUCUGCUAGCCCGGGAAAUCCUGCAUUGCAAGGCAACGUGUCCAGGACACGCUGGCCUCGGUCAGCCCAGUGUGCCCCACGCCUGGCCAGCGGGCUUUCUCUCUUGUGUAUUUCAGCACAUCCAAAAUGCUAGGCCUCCCGCCACCAAAGUGUCAGUGUGAAGGCCAAUCAUCAGGCCCUCAGAGGUGCCUCAGUUUCCCCUGUGUGAGUCCAUGGUCCGUUGAGAUGACAACUCUGUUUUCUCCGAGGUAAAAGUCAGAGGAGGGGGAGUCUCAAUUUCCAUCAAAACUAAAAGAAAUACCACCAAAAGAGCAAAAGAAACCCCCUGCACAGAGCACAGCGUACACAGAACAAACAGGCCCUGCUCCAAGCAGGGAGCACCUUUGUGUACACCUGGAACGCAUAUGACUUUUCCUUGCUCUUCUCUUCAUUCUGCUUUCUUUUGCAUGUUUCUUUUUGGAAAUGGACAAAUGUGUAGCAGCCCGCAUGACUGUGGUUGUCCUGGGAAAGACCCGGAGAAUGAUGUGUGCACACUGAAACUCUGAGCAUUGUGCGCUUCGACAAAUGUUCCCACUUCUUUUGUAACCGUCAACAGCACAACUAUUUUGUAUUGUUGUUUGUAUCAUUUUGUACCGAAAAAAAAAAAAGAAAAAAAAAGGGAGAGAGUUGAUGUUUUCGAUGUGUUUUUAGUGCCAGGCGGUCUUGGUUCCAAAUGGAAUAGCGGCUCUGCAGAAUUGUCGUGCGCUGGAGCGGGGUCAGGCAUUCGCACGCUGCUCCAAAGGAUGAAUAAAGUCCUCUUGAAG